CGUUUCUCACUUCGACCUAUUUUCAGACUGCUUCUCACAAAACUGAGUGUCUGCCGGCAAAAGGACACGUGUCUGCAUGUAUAUCUUACUCACACAGUGCUGAUUUUGCAUAGCAUUGGCGAUUUCAAUUUCAGAUGCGGUGUUUUCUUCGUUGAUCUCAUGUUUUGGCGCCGGUGAGCUUCCAUACAGAGACGCGCUCUCCUCAGUGGAGGGAGGAGGACGCAGCCGGAGCUUCAGCUGGUGUUUGGCUGCUGACUUUGGAUCAGGUGAAGGGAAAUCUGCUGCCGGAGACCGAAGCAUCGACACGUUCUGAGCCUGAAGGCGGCGAAUACAAACGCACCGGCUCCUCCACAGCGACGGCAUAGACCCGGACCCGGACCCGGACCCGGCUGGUCCAGGUCCCUGUUAGAAGCGGUGCUCCAGGACCAAGGUUCCAGCAGACCAGGGUUAUUUACCUUGGAGAUCCCAGGAGGCAGCAGGAUGCUGUGGCUGCUGCUCGCGCUUCUGCCGGUGGUGGUCAUCACACAGGACGCCUCGGAUGAAGACAAACACAACCGCAAGGAUGUCGCAAUGCUUCCCCACAUCUACUACUGCCGUUCUCCAAACAUGGAGGACUUCACCUGCUGGUGGCACCCACUUAACAACCUGACAGAUGGAGAGGAGGUCACCCACGUCCUGACCUACUCCAAAGAGAGCACCCACAGCAUACGUGAGUGUCCAGACUACACCACUGGGGGCCCCAACAGCUGCCAUUUUGACAGCAGCCACACAGCUAUAUGGACCGUGUACUGCAUGAACGUGACCGCCGUCACCGUGCGCAGGAACUACACCUCCCAGGAGCACUGCCUGGACGUGGCAGACAUAGUUCAGACCGAAGCUCCCGUCUAUGUGACCUACACGCUGACGGAGGCUGGCGGCGAUGAAAUGGGCCACAACGUGCUGCUGUCCUGGACGUACCCGGUGCCUUCACACCUGCAGUACGGCUGGAUCACACUGGUGUACGAGCUGCAGUACCGACGCGUGACGGAGCCGGGCAACUGGAAGGUGAAGCACCCCAUUCGGGAGCCGUCGGUGGAGCUGCUGGGCCUUCCUGCCGGAGACUACGUGGUCCGGGUUCGCUGCCGCUCUCACAACUAUGGCCUGUGGAGCAACUGGAGCUCCACACUGCUGAUGAGCGUCCCUGCCAGAGCUGCCAGACCCCCUGCAGGAAAACUGCUGCUGAUCAUGGUGACAGGUGUGGGCGUGGUGGCUCUACUGGGAAUCCUCUUUGGUCUCAUUCCACAUUACAAAAGGUUAAAACAGUACUGCCUACCGCCCAUUCCCAAGCCACGGAUUGUUGGCAUCGACCCGCUGCUCCUGAAGAUGGGAAAGUUGGAUGAAAUCAACCGUCACUUCAGUAACUUCCACAGCUACAGACCUCCCAGCUACACGGAGGAGGUGUGGGACAGCGUCAGCACAGACGACUGUGCCACCUCACCCACGCCCUCCAGCCUCCUGGCUGAUGCCUCCGACAGAGGGAAGGAUGUCCCCAUGGGUCCACGCGAGCUUCAUCACCAGGUCACAGCCACAAACCCGGCGCUGUGCGUGCAGAGUCUACCUAACUACUGCUCACUGCCUCCUGAAGCUUUUGGCCGCUCACCCGAAGGGCCUGCCCUGUGGCCGAGGCCGGAGAUGAUGUCAUCAGACUACAGUGUGAUGGAAAAGGACAGCGUUCCCAACCCUUCCUCUUCUCCCGAAGCCACCGGCCUCACCAUCAAGUGUUCUCCUCAGGACUUCUACACCUGCGUUCAGCUGAUGAACGAAUCAGGUGAGGUGCAUCUGGUGCCAUGCCUGCCUCCAGCCUACUGCACUGAGUUCCCAGCUUCUCCCAGUGCUGUUUUGGACUCCAAGCAGCGUGUGAAGGAAAAAAAGCAGCAGCUUGCAGAACACCAAGCAUCAACAAAGCGGAUCAGCGGAGCAAUGGAUGACAGGACCACAGAACGGAGAGAAGCAGCAGCGCCUCUGCUGCCCGCGAUGGGUGACAAUCAGGUAGCACACCCACAAAACACUGAGAGACCGUGAACGUGCUGGAACCUGGAGACUGGACACCAGGAAACACUGCAGCAUCAUCAGGAUCCUUGGUGGCUGUGUGACAGCCUACAGGAGCCUGGAAAGAAGCCCGAGGCACCUUCAGGUCAAAGGAGCCUGUAGAGUAAAACCAGAAGCUGUGGUUUUCCCCAACGCUUCAGCUUCAAGCUUGUAUGUCUUUCUCAGGAACAAAGAAGUUUGUUAUCAAAACUCACUUCUGAACUUCAUUCAGGUCCAGAAGAGGUACCUGUGGUUUAGCGACUUCAUUGCACUGCACAGACUUCUUGUUUUAUUCGGGCUAUCAGAAUGAAACUCUAGAAACCUCAGGUUAAAUACUGCUGCUUCAGUCUCUAACAUCAUCCUUCAGAAUGUGUUGAGGAGGCUGAAGGCAGUAACCCGUGGUCUAUAGUCUGAUCAUACAAGCCUUCAGCGGGUGUUGUCCUAGACGUAUUGGCUCCACUCCCUCAGGAAGCUGGAACUAUUAAACAGUCAAUCGCUUAGUUGUUCUCUGAAUGUGGAACAAACACAUUUUAUGCACUUUUUACUCAAAGUUCAUGAUGAUGGACAAAAAUAAACUAAAUAAAAAGAAAUACCACCAUCAGGCUCAUAUACACUAACUCGUUCCAGACAGAAAACAGCAAAGAGUGUUUGAAUUUAAUGACACAAGUUUUUAAGCUGAAUGUUCAGUAUCAUGCAGCACCAGCACUGGUGGAUCCUCACACAGACACAGGACUCACAUUUAAACCUUUUAAGUCUUUUACCUCACAUCACAUCACACCUGACAUCAGGUUAUCAUAAAUAUCUUCUAGGUUCACAUGUUGGCCAAACACCACACCAGUAAAAACAUUGAAAGAGACUCUGGCAGUUGAUGGAUGCUGUAAGCAUAGUUCUGAGGAUCUGCAUGGUAGUUAUAAGGAUUAACUUCAAUGUGUGUACCGAUCAGCCAAGGUGGGACAGCUUUGUCAGAUAUGCUGAGAUACAGAGUCCUCAGCUCAGCCACAGAACCUUCACCAUCAUCACUGAUGUUCAUUCAGUUGUCGUUGUAUCUUUUUGUGCCUUUUCAGGUUUUAAAUUCAAAGCAACAAUUAGUGCCAACGUAGAACGUAGUGACUUUUAUUUUGAAGCAGAGAAAAGCUUGGGUGUGAUGUUUAGGCCACAGGUCAGGUGGUGGUGACUUUAGCUUCAGGUAUUUCUGUUGUUGUGAUGUUGCACGCGUUGCGGUUGAAUGAAACCAGUGUCUGUGUUUUGUACAAAGAUGAACCCACAUACUGUCACACUUGUUUUCACUGCAUUUUGAUUUUGAUUUUUUUGAUCGUCUGCUUGUUUCAUGUCCACAGUAGAAAUAUUCAUACCAUUUUAGAUAUAGUUCAUCGAGCCAUUAUUUAAAAUGGCUCAUUUCCAAUAUUAGCUUUUGAAUGUUCUUGGCUCUGAACUGAAAAUCUGCAGCGCUUGAUCAUAUUGUUGUUGUUUGUGCUGUGGACUGCAGCGGGUGAAGCCAUAUGUUAAUGAGCCAUGUUAUCGUCCUUUGGUAUAUAAACACUGUACAGACUUUUUGUUUUUGUCUCAGUGAAGGAGAAUUAAUAAAAUGAAGGCUGGG